UGGAGGGAUUCAUGGCUGGAGGAGAGAAGCGAGGAGCAACACAGCAACACAGUGUUGCACAUGGCAGCGAAGCUUGGAUACGGAGAACUCGUCUCAAAGAUCAUUGAGCUCCGACCUUCCCUCAUCAACUCCCGUAACGCAUACGGAAACAAACCUUUGCAUCUCGCUGCUCUCCUUGGAGACGUAAACAUAGUUACGCAGAUGCUAGCGAUUGGUUCGGAAGCCUGUUCUGCACGCAACAACAAGGACCAGACACCUCUCCACUUAGCUUGCCGCAGCAUUUCCAUGGAGGCUGCAAGACUCCUCGCGGAGAAGACAAAACCAGUCGGCAUAGAUGAACUCAACUUCGCCAUAUCGACUGGAUCCAUUUGUAUCGCAGAGAUUAUACUGGAGAGAUUCCCAUACUUAGCUAGAGAAGAAGCUUGGGUGGUCGAAGGUGGCUCGUUAUCAACGCUAUUGCAUCAUGCGUGUGAUAGAGGAGACCUUGAAUUGACAAGGCUGGAUCAAAGGUUGGAGGAAGCUCUUAACAGAAACGGUUUGUCACCUCUGCAUCUGGCGGUCCUCAGAGGCUCGGUUGGAAUCCUGUGGGAGUUCUUGGACAAGGCUCCGUUGUCUUUUGGGGCUCUCACGCCAUCGAAAGAGACAGUGUUUCAUCUUGCUGCAAGAAGCAAGAACAUAGAUGCCUUUGUUUUCAUGGCAGAGAGUGUGGGGAUUAACAGCCAAUUUCUGCUGCAACAAACAGAUGAAAAUGGCAACACUGUCUUACAUAUUGCUGCCUCCAUGGCUUGUGGUGCUCCUCUUAUACGUUACAUUGUUGAAGAGCUGGAUUCUGAGAAAAGUGAAGAACACUAUGGCCACUCUAAUUCAUUCCAUAAAGAAUCUUUGCGACGCAAUAAUUCUUUAGAUCUCUAUAGUGGGAAGAUGAGAAGCAAGGAAAGGGAAGAGGAAAGAGCUCAUGCAUUACAAAACGCAAGAAACACGAUUGCGAUAGUGGCAGUGUUAAUAGCUUCGGUUGCUUACGCCGGUGGGAUAAACCCUCCGGGAGGAGUCUACCAAGACUGGCCAUGGAGAGGAAAAUCGCUCGUGGGGAAAACGACAGCGUUUAAAGUCUUUGCAAUAUGCAACAACAUCGCACUCGUCACGUCCUUGUGCAUCGUUAUUCUUCUCGUUAGCAUCAUACCUUACAAGAGAAAGCCCUUGAGGAAGUUGCUUGUGGCCACCCACAGGCUGAUGUGGGUUUCUAUAGGGUUCAUGGCAACGGCUUAUAUUGCUGCGUCUUGGGUGACCAUACCGCAUUACGACGGUACACGGUGGUUGUUUCCGGCGAUUAUCUCCGUCGCUGGUGGAGCGUUGACGGUGCUCUUUUCGUAUCUCAGAGUUGAGACCAUCGGGCAUUGGUUUAGGAAGAUGAACCAUGUUGAAGACAUACCUUCUUUUGCAAGGAACUGUAAAGAUUUGGCUGCCUCUGGAAAAUCAGGCUAUUUCACAUAUUGA